AUGUUCAAGCAAAUCGUCCGGAGAGUGAGCAGCUCGCCAUUCUCAGUCGGUGCUCCUGCCGAGUACACCUUGGCUUCCAUCAGAACUUUCCCCUCGUUGGAACCUCACACCAUGAAGGCAUAUCCCAAAGCCUUCUUGGACCAUCCACUCAGAAGAGAUUUCUUGUGGAGUGCCGUUGUUUAUGAAGCCGACGCUGCACGUGUUGGAUCCAACUACGUUCCUACCAAGGCCGACUCUCCCUUCUCCAACAGAAAGUUGCGUAGACAAAAAGGUACUGGUAUGGCCAGAGUUGGUGAUGCCAACUCCCCCACCAGAUUCAACGGUCUUAAGGCGCACGGUAUCAAGGCUCCACACGAUUGGUCCACCAAGUUGCCCAGCAAAGUAUACAGUCGGGCCUACCGUACAGCAUUGAGUGACCAGUACAGAAACGGUAGACUCUUUGUGAUAGGAGGCGAUAAGGCCGGCGAGCACGAACAUACGCAAGCCGAAUUCAAGUAUGAAUAUGCCGAGCAGAUGCGUAGAUUUGUAGAGCACCACGACUUGGAGCGUCUCAACUUGUUGUUCAUUGUUGACGGCGAGAGACCACAGCUCAUAAGUGCAACCGCAGACAUGGGCAAGAAGUGCGAUGUUCUUGUGAAGGAGGCGGUCGAGGUGAGAGAUAUUUUGCGGGCUAACAGAAUAUUCAUCGAGGAGGGUGCCAUGAACUGGUUUGUGUCGAGAUACGGAGACUUGUAA